UUCACUUUUUUGUCAGCCAUCUACUUGGCUUUUUGGCAAUAUUCUACAUCAAAUUCGUUUGGUAAUUCUCCUCCGUGUCCGUGGAAUUUGUUGUAAGAUUUAUUUUUGCAAAUUUGUCCAUCUCCAAAGAGAUUUUGAUAAAAUAAAAAGUAAUUGGAAUACAUUCUGAACCAUACAAAACCGAUUGCAAAUAAUUCCGGGCCAAAGUGAGUACAUAUAGAUUGAGGAAAAAUGAUCAAAUUGUUUUCGUUGAAACAACAAAAAAAGGAUGGUGAUCAAACUUCCAAGUCGGGUCCGCAGAAAAAAGCCUCUGCUGCACAAUUGCGUAUACAGAAGGAUAUAAACGAACUAAACCUUCCAAAGACCUGCGCAACUGAUUUUCCCGAUCCAGAUGAUCUUCUCAACUUUAAGCUUAUAAUUUGCCCCGACGAGGGCUUCUACAAAAAUGGACGAUUUGUGUUUAACUUCCGAGUCGGGCCGAACUAUCCUCACGAACCGCCAAAGGUUAAGUGCGCCACCCAAGUUUAUCAUCCGAACAUCGAUUUGGAAGGAAAUGUCUGCUUAAACAUUCUACGUGAAGACUGGAAUCCAGUUUUGACAAUUAAUUCAAUUGUGUACGGGCUACAAUAUUUGUUCCUGGAACCAAAUCCAGAAGAUCCACUGAAUAAAGAAGCAGCCGAUGUCUUGCAAAACAACCGAAGGCUCUUUGAACACAAUGUCUCGAAAGCCAUGCGCGGUAACUUCAUUGGCGAGACAUACUUCGAGUGCUGCCUCAAGUGAUAUAUAAAAUCAAAACUUAAUCUUAGGAACGGCGUCUGUCUAAUUGCACUUAUAUUGGGUGGACGUUUUUAUAUUAAUUUUAUUUACAAUUAAAACCUAGAAACACACACAACAACACACACGGAAAGUAAACGAACGAUUCUCCAUAAAAGAAAUUUAAAUAAAAAAACAAAACCAACAAACAUAAAAGAGCGAGAGGACAUAAACCCUAGUAAAAACAUCUAUCGACAUUUUUUGUAAGCAUAACGGAACUGAGAAGAGAGGAAAUAAUUUAAAAAAUGAUGUACUGCAAAGCAAAAUAUAUAUUUUCUCAAUUCUUAUAAAUAUAUUUAAAAAAAAAUAAAACAUAAAACAAAAUAAAUAUUCAAAUAAAAAUUAUUAAAAAUGUAAAAUUAAAGCUUUUUCUGUUUUAAGUGCCAGUCGCGAUUAAGACGAUUGAGUAGUUUUUCUUUUUGUUUUAUUUUUAAGCAACAAAAUAAGAGCGUGUAAUUUUAUUUAGAAGAAAAAAAAGUUGUCAUUAAAAUUUAUAAUAAUCCAGUGUAAACAAUUUAAUAAUUUAUAUUCCUAAGCUUUUUCUCUCUUAACAUUAAGAAUAUGUCUAGUAAAUUAGUAUAAACAAAAGAAAAACAAAACAGUGUUAAUAAUAGUGAAGAAUAUUUGUUUUUUUUUUAAUUUUUUGGCUGCACACCCAAUUUGUUUAAUUUCUUUUUCUUGCAAAAAUAAAAAAGCAAAACAAUAUUAGGUAUUAUUAAGCUCAAUUGAAGUUAAAAUAAAAUGAAACAUAUUAAUUAAAUAAGAGCAGCAAAGAGCGUAAAAAUGUUAUAAAAUGUAUUUUGUAUUGUUUUUUUUUUUUCGAAAAGCUGCAAUUUACUCAAAAACAUCAGCAAAAAUACCAAUUUUGAAAAAUGAAAAGAAAACAAAAUUAGAAUGUUUACUUGCUGGGAUAAUUUUUAAAGACAAAAAUAAUAAUAAUACGAAACAAAACAACAAAAUUUAAAAUGAUAUUGUACCUCUAUUAAUGAAAUAAUAAUAAAAAUAAAACAAAAUUAAUUAUGCUAAAAGUAGAAGAAAAA